UUUUUAAGUUGAAUUCAAAGGCAACACGACGUCUACGUAUGUCCGUUAACCCAAUAAUCUCACUCUGUGAUUCACGUCGCGGUGGAUAUUUGCAGAGUUCGUCCCAGCGAACACCCCCCUCUCCCGUCUUUUUAAUGGUCCGCUCCGUCUCGCUGCCAUGUUGGAUGUACGCAUCUCUGCUGCAGCUGCUGGAGUUUCCGAAUGAAAGUUGAGCGUUUGUCGGUCCACGGACGCAUCGAGAGUCUCUCUUUCGCGUUCGCCACUGAAACGAGCAGUCACGGUCGCUCCCUCCGCCGGAGCAGCCCGGGGAGCGCGCUCCGACCUCCUCCGCCCUCCAGCCCGGAGAUGAUCCGGUUGCAGGCCAUAGCAACCGGAGCCCGCAUGGAUUCUCUGUAACCAGCGCCGUCCGCCGAGCCCGUCCGUUGAAAACCGCAUCGUUUCCGGGCACGCUAGUCGCACUCGGAGCCAUGAACAGCCACGCGCAGCCCCGCAGGGCCGCCAACGUGGGCUCCCUCCUCCUCACCCCGCAGGAGAACGACUGUCUGUUCGGGUACCUGGGCAGGAAAUGCGCCACCCUGUGCUCGGCGGUGGUCCAGGUGUACGCGGCCGAACGCAGCUGCAGCUGGGUGAAGAGAUGCUGCGGCGUGGCCUGUCUGGUCAAAGACAACCCGCAGAGGUCCUACUUCAUCCGAGUGUUUGACAUCAAGGAAGGAAAAACAAUGUUUGAGCAGGAACUUUACCACAACUUCUCCGUCAGCAGCUCCAGGUCCUACUUUAUCUCAUUUGCAGGAGAUACCUGUCAGGUUGGUCUGAACUUUGCUAGUGAAGAAGAGGCUAAAAGGUUCCGAGCGGCCGUCAACGACCUUCUCAACCGAAGGCAGCGCAAAACUGAGAAAAGAGCUGACCAUAAAAAUGGUCCAGCUCUGCCCAUGGCCACAGUGGACAUCAAGAACCCAGAGAUCAACAAUGUUCGGUUCCUCAACUCCUACAGCCACCAGCAGCCGUACCACCUCAACAACGUGCUGAGCCACAGCGGCCUGAGCCGCAAAGACAAGAAGACCAAAGGCAAGAAGAAGAAGCUGACCAAGGCCGACAUUGGCACGCCAAGCAACUUCCAGCACAUUGGUCACGUGGGCUGGGACCCAAACACAGGUUUUGAUCUGAACAACCUGGACCCCGAACUGAAGAACCUGUUUGACAUGUGCGGCAUCUCUGAGGCCCAGCUGAAGGACCGGGAGACGUCCAAGGUCAUCUACGACUUCAUCGAGAAGAAGGGAGGGGUGGAGGCCGUCAAGAAUGAGCUGAGGAGGCAGGCUCCCCCUCCACCUCCUUCUCGUGGUGGCCCUCCGCCUCCUCCUCCACCACCCCACACCUCAGCUCCACCCCCGCCUCCCCCUCCCUCCAGAGGGGGUAGAGGGGCCCCUCCUCCCCCUCCGCCUUCCAGAGCGCCGGCGUCAGCUCCUCCUCCCCCUCCUCCAUCCAGACCUGGGACUCUGGGUGCCCCCCCUCCACCACCUCCUCCCACAAGAGGAGGGCAUCAGCCCCCUCCUCCUCCACACCACCACCACCAUCAUCAUCAUCAUCACCAGCCUCCCCCUCCUCCUCCCCCCACCCCCUCACAUGCCUCUAUUAAUCCCCAAGCCCCUCCACCUCCGCCCCCUCCCCUGGCCCAGCAGUCUUCGGUAGGCAGUGGGGGUGGCUCCACUCUUGCCCCUCAACCUCCCCCUCCUCCCCCACCUCCUCCCCCCGGCCCCCCUCCUCCCCCGGAGCUAGACGGAGACUCGCCUCAUUCGCCAAGCCCAGGCGGGAAGUCUGCACUGCUGGAGCAGAUUAGGGGAGGAACCCAGUUGAAGAAGGUGGAGCAGAACCACCGCGCACCGGCCUCCACCACCGGACGAGACGCCCUGCUGGACCAGAUCCGACAGGGGAUCCAGCUCAAGACCGUUUUGGACCUUCCAGAGUCCGGUCCGCCAACACCGGCUCCAGCCGCCGGCAUCGUGGGCGCUCUCAUGGAAGUGAUGCAGAAAAGGAGCAAAGCCAUUCAUUCCUCGGACGAAGACGAGGAUGAGGACGAAGACGAGGACUUCGAGGACGAUGACGAAUGGGAAGACUAGUCCUCAGCAGCACCUACCCCCCAAAUCCCUGCACCUACCGCUGACACUAAAGCAGCUUCUAAAAAUCUUCCAGAACCGGACAGAACUUGUAAUGUAUAUGUUGUAAGAAUUUGCUUUAUAUUUAUUUUGCCUUCUUUGCUUUUUGUUUUUUAUGAUCGUUAUAAUAAAUCUGUGCAAUACAUCA